UUUUGGAACCUGUUAUCAGUUUGCUGUCUGAUCCUGACUUUUUCAACCGAAUCUUGGUGAACGUGUUGGAUACUGCAGCAUACAAGACCCAACCACUUUUGAAUGAAAUGGUAUUGUGCAACACCAAAGAUGAGCGUGAAACAGAAAAUACUACAAGCAGAGAAGAAGAGAUGACAAAGAAGAAAAUGGAACAGAAAGGUGUUAAAGCAAAACAGUUUUUUAAAAAAGUAGCCAAUAAAAUGAAGAAGAAAACAAAAUCAAUACUUGAUGGGGAUCUCCAAAAACCAGAUAAGCAAGAAGGAAGUACUUUCUAUUUUAGAUCGGCUCUUAAAGAUGCAGAAGUUGAUGAAGGCCUUUUACAGGAUGAUGACAGGAGUUCCGAAGAGGGCCUGGAUACAGAUGGAAAUAUUUCUGACUCUGAUGCAUGCAUGGAGUUUGAACCAGUAAAUCCUUUUCACGUUUGGCAGGUUGGAUACUGGAAAGCUGAAGUCCUAAAGAUUUUUAAUGCAGAAAAGAGCUUUAGGUGUGUCAUCUUAGUAAAAGAUGCCAAGAACCCCGAAAUUAUGAAUUGGAAAAUCAAAAAGGAUCUUUGUGAAUUUGUUGACCUGCAGAAAAAUCUAAGCAAG